AUUCGCGAUCGCCUGUCGGUUGCGCGGCGAUUAAUACAUACACGUGCAUAUAAUAGCUUUACACGUCGAGCGAUCGCGGGCUGCGGCAAUCGUGCUCGCGUCCACUCGCGUCGCACGUGCGCUCCGACGUGGAAAUACUUUACCCCGAUGGAACUCGAGUGCCUCGCGUGUCGCGUUUGAGCGCGGGCGGUCUUCGAGCGUCGGAAUAACGGUUACGCACGCGUACGUACGUGCCUUUGGAAGGAAACGAGUGACGUUGCUGACGGUGCAAGACGCGAGUGUCAGAAUUUAAAUUUUACUCGACGUUAAUUUUAAUCCUUUUGUCGCGCCCCAUUCGCAUUGUUGAGAAUCUUUGUGCAACGAUAAAGAGGCGCGUCUCUUAAAACUCUUUAAGAGCGUCUCUUACGUAAGAACGAAGUACGCCGAUGACACUGAACUCUCUCCGGUUGCAGGCGAGACACGAUGGAAAGGGACGCCGGGUACAGAGUGGUACCGCUUCACCACCGGCCCGAGUUGAUCAGGGAUUGUUGAUGAAGUCGCUGAGCGUGUCCUGCGACGACUUUCCCACCUGCCUGGUCUUGAUUAACAACGAGAACAAGGUCCUCGGGCACUGCAAGAUCUCGCUGGUGGCCAAGUCCAGGAUCAGCUGCUUCAUCGAGUCCGUCGUGAUCGACUACCGGUGCAGGUCGCAGGGGCUGGGCUCCAGGUUGUUGCGCGGCGUGGAGGAGCACGUCGCGAAGAGAGGCCUGAGGAACGUCUACCUGAAGACGGACGGUCAGGAGGUGUUCUACUACAAGAACGGCUACAGGGUGUGCGACCCGUUCAAGGCGUACGGCAUCAACAUCAUAACCGCCAGCCCGCCUCCCGGCAGGGCCAGGUUCAGGGAACGCGACGCGAGUCAGGCUACCGGGCUACCGCCACCGCCACCGCCCCCGCCGAUGCCGGCGUUCCAGCUGUCCAGGUUCUUCGACAUGCGGAUGAUGUCGCAGAAGACGCACAUGGUGAAGAAACUGUGAUAACGCGAGUGCUGCAUGAGAUCAAGCCAAACGCCGAGGCAAUCGGUGCGAAAAAUAGAACGAGAAAAUUUGGGGAAACGGAGAAAUUAUUAGAAACAGAGCAUAGGACGAGUCUCAUGUCGUAGCCGUUUAGGACCUGGGCACUUCGGUUCGGCAAACCAAGCUAGCUCAUGCACACAGUCAUACCGGAUCACCAUGGCUGAUCGCAGCUGAUUCGAUCUUCCGCUUCCAUCGCGACGAAGAUCUACCCGACAUGAAACAACGACUACUCCGGAGCCUGGGCUCUCAUCAUUCGCAAGGUCUAGGGAUACUUGGGACUCGCGUCCGCGCCUAUCUCUCCUCAGCUUUAAUCUAGCUCUUGCAGUCCUAAUUUACGCGUAGGUUUAAUUAAUCGAGAGCUUUUUAGUACAAAGUAUCACGUUUCGCGCUUCCAUUUAUUUAUUUAUUUAUUUAUUUCAUGCUUCCCCCGUGAUCUGUCGUGCUCCAGCGACAGAGAGCAACGCGAGCACGCUCGCUUCUCCCCUUAUUGUCUACUAUUGUCUAGCUGCAAUUCACCCUGCGAGCGAACGCUGCAACGCUCGAACGUAAUUGCGUAAUUUGUAAUAAACGGAUGCGAUUAAUAUAUUUUUCCAUCAGAGAAAAAAAAAA